GUGUGAAAACAACACCCCACUAUACCUAAUGUGUCUCAUCUUCUCUAUUUAAACAAACAUCUUCUCAACUCAAGUAAUUAACAAGAUACUCUCUUAAUUAAAAUGGCUUUAGAAACAAAAGAAGAAGAAGAAAUAGUUGUGAUGAACAUGGAUAAUUUUCAAGAGAUCCAUGUUUCUAAUCAUCCUACUAUACCACAACUCCAAAACCAGAAACAUCAAAAGUUUCAAAGAAGCUGAAAUUGCCAAACAACAGUGAAAAGAGAGCGUCGAAGCUUAAAUCUAUGCUUGAGAACAAUCACUUUAUAAAAAUCUUCCUCUUGUUUACUACUUUGCUCGGCACUUCCAUGGUCAUCGGUGAUGGUGUUCUCACACCUUGCAUAUCUGUUUUAUCUGCAGUUGGAGGGAUCAAGGAAGCUGCUAGCAAAAUAAGUGAGGAUCAAAUUGUUUGGAUAUCAGUGGCAAUCUUGAUUGUUCUUUUCAUGGUUCAGAGAUUUGGAACUGAUAAAGUUUGGAUAUGCACAAGCAACACAAGCAAUUAACUUAAAUCCCAAAUCUAAAAACCAUAAAUCCUAAAUCCUAAAUUAUGAACAAAAGUACCUACCCAGAUAUUAUGUAUCAAUUGACCAGAUAUGCAAGGUGUGAGAACACCAUCACCGAUGACCAUGGAAGUGCCAAGCAAAGUAGUAAACAAGAGGAAGAUUUUUAUAAAGUGAUUGUUCUCAAGCAUAGAUUUAAGCUUCGACGCUCUCUUUUCACUGUUGUUUGGCAAUUUCAGCUUCUUUGAAACUUUUGAUGUUUCUGGUUUUGGAGUUGUGGUAUAGUAGGAUGAUUAGAAACAUGGAUCUCUUGAAAAUUAUCCAUGUUCAUCACAACUAUUUCUUCUUCUUCUUUUGUUUCUAAAGCCAUUUUAAUUAAGAGAGUAUCUUGUUAAUUACUUGAGUUGAGAAGAUGUUUGUUUAAAUAGAGAAGAUGAGACACAUUAGGUAUAGUGGGGUGUUGUUUUCACAUGUAUGCCUUGCCCAACCUUCUUGUACCUUCCCCCAAACCCUAUUAAUAGGAUGAUUAUUGGUGUUUGCAUUGAAA